AUGGCUCAAGCCUUCAAACGAAAUCUGAAUCCUCUCAAAUACAACAAUCUUACAUCAACCCCACAUACCAACUACCUCCGAAUCACCCCAUUGACUUCGAAACAGCAAGCAAUUAUGUCUUCCGAUAACCCUUCCCUUCAGAGAAACAUCUCGUCUGUUCACAAGCGCACCAAGCCAAAUGAAAAACAUCCCAAAUUCGGACAUCUACCUCUCAGUACCAGUGGUCCUCUAGAAUGUGCUUUAACAGGCACUGCACUUCUAAACACACCUUACCUCAACAAAGGUGCAGGCUUCCCAGCAGAUGAACGUAGAAAGUUUAAGUUGACAGGAUUAUUGCCGUCAAAUGUCUCGACUUUGGAUCAACAAGUUAAGAGGGCUUAUGAUCAAUAUAGUUCGAGAUCAGAUGAUUUGGCGAAGAAUACUUUCAUGACUUCGUUGGCUGAUCAGAAUGAGGUUCUAUAUUACAGAUUGAUCCAAGAUCAUAUGAAGGAAAUGUUCUCCAUUAUCUAUACACCAACAGAAGGCGAGGCGAUUGAGAACUAUUCUAGAAUAUUUAGAAGACCUGAUGGUUGUUUCCUGAAUAUUGAUGAUACAGAUCGAAUUCAUGACGAUUUAGCGCAAUGGGGUGGACCAGAAGAUAUUGACUACAUUGUUGUCACUGACGGAGAAGAAAUUCUCGGAAUCGGAGACCAAGGAGUCGGUGGUGUCUUGAUCUCAGUUGCAAAACUAGUUCUCACCACACUCUGUGCUGGAAUCCAUCCAAAUCGUACACUCCCAGUUGUCUUAGAUUGCGGAACCGAUAACGAGAAACUUCUCAACGAUGAUCUAUACCUUGGUUUGAAGAAAUCCAGAGUGAGGGGCAAGGAAUACGACGAUUUUGUCGACAAAUUUGUUCAAAAUGCCCGAAAACUUUAUCCUAAUGCAUAUAUUCAUUUCGAGGAUUUCGGUCUUCCAAAUGCCCGAAGAAUCCUCGACCGAUAUCGUCCCGAGAUGGCUUGCUUCAAUGAUGAUGUCCAAGGAACUGGAUGUGUCACCUUGGCAGCAAUGAUGGCCGGUCUUCACGUGAGCAAAAUCAAGAUCGAAGACACACGAAUUGUGAUCUUCGGUUCCGGAACAGCUGGAACCGGAAUUGCAGAUCAAAUUCGCGAUGCCAUUGCAGCAGAUAGUGGAAAGUCCAAGGAAGAAGCCGCCAAGCAAAUCUAUUGUGUGGAUAAGCCCGGUCUCCUUCUGAAGUCCCACGGUGACAAACUCACGCAUGCACAAAUUCCCUAUGCACGUGAAGAUUCAGAUUGGAAAGAUAAAAACCACAGUGAUCUUCUCCAGGUCAUCAAAGAAGUCAAACCGCACGUCUUAAUCGGUACCUCCACAAAACCCAAAUCCUUCACCAAAGAAAUCAUCCAAGAAAUGGCCUCUCACGUCGACCGACCUAUCGUUUUCCCCCUCAGCAACCCUACCCGUCUUCACGAAGCCGAUCCAAAAGACAUCAACGAAUGGACCAAAGGCAAAGCUUUGAUCGCCACCGGCUCACCUUUCCCACCCGUCAAAUACGAAGGCCAUGAAUACGAAGUUGCAGAAUGUAACAACUCGACCUGUUUCCCCGGCAUCGGUCUCGGAUGCGUUCUCUCCCGCACAAAAUUAUUGAGUGAUAAGAUGCUAGUCUCAGCCGUCAAAGCACUAGCAGCUCAGAGUCCGGCAUUGAAGAAUCCAGACAAGGGAUUAUUACCCGAUGUUGCCGAUGUACGCGAAAUCAGCGUUCGUAUUGCUAAAGCGGUGAUCAAAACGUCGGUAGAGGAAGGUCUGGCACAGGAGAAGGGCAUUCCAACUGAAGAUGAAGAUUUAGAAGAGUGGAUUAGAGAACAAAUGUGGGAUCCAGUAUACAGACCAUUCAAGCUGGUGGAGAAGGAGACUGCAAGCAGAAAUGCAAGUGGUAAGAGUGGAACUGCGGAUUAG